AUGAAGAACAACAGUUUUGAUUGUGAAUUUAUUCCUUUUCUUCCGACAACGAAUGACUCAUUCAGUCGUCUACUGGCUGUAUGCGUCAACAAAUCUUCACACAAGGAUCUAGUAUGUCAACCAUAUGUUCAGUUGCCCUAUCUAUCGACUUUGUCCAUUGGUUCAUUCCUUCGCUUAUCAUCGAAUUUCAUUGAAACAAAAAAUCCAAAACACAGUGUAGAAAACUUGUGUCUGCGUCUGUGCUCAAGUAAUAUUAACAUGAAGCGUACAUUUUCAAGCGAUGCGUUUGAUACAAACGGCGAUGGUGUUGGCAGUUCGAAUUCGCAAACAGCUGAUAUUUCGAAAAAAAGUCGAUCAGAACCUGUACUACCGUCUCGCGUUGUUCAUUUGAGAAAUAUCGAAGCCAAUGAUUUCGAAGUUGUACAACUUGGUCUUCCAUUUGGUCGUGUAACUAAUUUUCUGAAUUUAAAGAAAAAAUCUCAAGCUUUCUUGGAAUUUGAUUCCACGGAUUCGGCCAAACAAAUGGUUGAGUACUUAACUUCUAUGCCAACUAUGUUUAGCGGUCGGCAAGUGUUCGCACAGUAUUCGAAUCAUGGUGAACUCCGUACAGACCCCACUAAUCGUACAAAUCAACAAGCAUUCGCAGCACUAACACAAGCUACAGAUCUGUACGAAACUGCGCAGAAAGGUGGAGCGAAUUGUGUAUUGCGUGUCACGAUUAUAAACAUGCUAUAUCCUGUUACAAUGGAUGUGUUAUAUCAAAUUUUUAACAAAUUUGGUACAGUAUUGAAAUUAAUCACAUUCACUAAAAAUGAAAAAUUUCAAGCGUUGAUUCAAUUAAAAGAUCCUCAUGCUGCUUCUCAGGCUAUGGUGCAACUACAUGGUCAAAAUAUCUAUAAUGGCUGUUGUACUCUUCAAAUUGAAUAUUCUAAGCUGCAUUCUCUUACUGUUAAAUACAAUAAUGAUAAAAGUCGUGACUAUACUAAUCCAACAUUACCUUCCAAUGAAGGAAACAUGAGUCAACCACCAGAAUUAGAUCGUAUGCAUUCAAAUCCUAGUCUUCUUCCUCUACAACGAUCAACAUCCAGCGAAGAUUAUCGUUAUGACUACUACACAGCCUCCGCGGGACUUCGUGGCAGACCACCCUCAGGAAGUGGAAUGGCUCCAGGAUACGACAUGUCAGGAAAUGCCAGUCAUCUAAUGAGUCCGCUUCCACCAACAUCUGCUACUUACAAUCCAAUGGUCGGUGCUUCAGCUGCUCCAUAUGGUCAUCCAUACGGUUCCAGUCAUCCUCCUCCUCCACCUGCAUCUAUGCACGGCUUACCACCAGCUCAUCUUCAAGCACAUCAACAACAAAAUCCUCACAUGAUGCCCGUUCAAAAUGGGCCUGUUAUCCUUGUAUCGAAUCUAAAUGAAGACGUAAGUGUUUAUGGCGACGUGCACCGGGUGAAAAUUCUAUUUAACAAAAAGGACUCUGCGCUAAUUCAAUUUGCCACUCCACAGCAAGCAGCUGUCGCUCAUCAAAAUCUCGAUCACGUCAAUAUAUUCGGUAAAUCUAUACGAGUUAGUUUUUCGAAGCACCAAUUCGUACAAAUGCCAAAAGAUGGCACAUCAGAUAUGGGCUUAACAAAAGAUUUCACAAAUUCUCCAUUACAUCGUUUCAAAAAACCUGGAUCGAAAAAUUAUAAUAAUAUUUUCCCACCUGGAGCCGUUCUACAUCUGUCGAAUAUUCCAACGGAAACAGGUGAAGAAGAAAUUCAGAAUAUAUUCGCGCAAUAUGGUACAAUAAAACGAUUCAAAUUCUUUGAAAAAGAUCAUAAAAUGGCAUUGAUCGAAAUGGAAACUAUCGAACAAGCCAUUGCAGCAUUAAUUAAUACGCAUAAUUAUCGUCUAGGAGAUUCUAUGCAUCUUCGUGUGUCAUUUUCUAAGAGCAAAUUAUAA